UCCUCCUUCCCCUCUCCUUCCUAUCUCAAACCAACACGACAAUGUAAUUUAUCCCCAACCGGAAAUUUGACAGUGAAACGGAGCUCUACUAAUAAUUGCACUGGGAAGAGAAAUGUAAGGCGAGAACUACCUGAGCAACCUCAAGCAAUGCUUUACACUCGGCUGCCAAACGGAAAGGACCACUUCCGCCCAGUUCUCCCGCUACGGGGAGCCCAUUGCCACAGAGCCCGGAGCGCCGACGCAGGACCGGAAGUGACGCAGCGAAGUUUCCGGGACUGCUCCGGCUCUCGGAUUCAGACUGGCUUCAGAGUCGGUGCUGUUAAUCACCACAGUAUCCUGCCUCCUGUUGUCGUUGUUGACUGUGGCCAUGUAGCCUCGCAGUUUCCUCAUCUGUUGCAGUAAAUAACUCAAAACCUGAAUGGUGGCCCACUAGGGUUUCACUUUCGAGCUUGCCAGAUGUAGAAGAUGCUGGAGAACGGAGUACUAUGAGGACCAUUAGAAGAUCUUCCAAGGCCGGACGCGGUGGCUCACCCCUGUAAUCCCAGCACUCUUGGAGGCCGAGAAACUUGAACUUUACCUGAUUUCUGUAUGUUGUCAUCUUGUGUACGCCCGGUCCCCACGACAGUCCGGUUUGUAGAUUCCCUGAUCUGCAGUUCUUCCCGUUCCUUCAUGGAUUUGAAGGCUCUCCUUUCUUCCUUGAAUGACUUUGCAUCCCUCUCCUUUGCUGAGAGUUGGGACAAUGUUGGAUUACUGGUGGAACCAAGCCCACCACAUACUGUAAAUACACUCUUCCUGACCAAUGACCUGACUGAGGAAGUGAUGGAGGAGGUGCUGCAAAAGAAGGCAGACCUCAUUCUCUCCUACCAUCCGCCUAUCUUCCGACCCAUGAAGCGCAUAACCUGGAACACCUGGAAGGAGCGCCUGGUGAUCCAGGCUCUGGAGAACAGAGUCGGUAUCUACUCUCCUCACACAGCCUAUGAUGCUGCACCCCAGGGCGUCAACAACUGGUUGGCUAAAGGGCUUGGAGCUUGUACCUCCAGGCCCAUACAUCCUUCCAAAGCUCCCAACUACCCUACAGAGGGAAACCACCGAGUAGAAUUCAACGUUAACCACACCCAAGCCCUGGACAAAGUCAUGUCUGCAAUGAAAGGAAUUGAUGAUGUUUCUGUCACUUCUUUUUCUGCUAGGAUUGAUAAUGAGGAACAAACACGGAUUAGUCUGAAUUGUACUCAGAAGGCUUUGAUGCAGGUGGUAGAUUUUCUUUCUCAGAACAAACAACUUUAUCAGAAGACGGAAAUUCUGUCGCUGGAGAAGCCUUUGCUUCUACAUACUGGAAUGGGACGGUUAUGCACACUGGAUGAAUCUGUCUCCCUGGCAACCAUGAUUGAUCGAAUCAAAAGACACCUAAAACUGUCUCAUAUUCGCUUAGCCCUUGGGGUAGGGAGAACCUUAGAGUCUCAAGUCAAAGUUGUGGCCCUGUGUGCUGGUUCUGGGAGCAGCGUUCUGCAGGGUGUCAAGGCGGACCUUUACCUCACAGGUGAGAUGUCCCAUCAUGAUAUUUUGGAUGCUGCUUCCCAAGGAAUAAAUGUCAUCCUCUGUGAACAUAGCAACACUGAACGAGGCUUUCUUUCUGACCUUCGAGAUAUGCUGGGUUCUCACUUGGAGAAUAAGAUAAAUAUUAUCCUAUCAGAGACUGACAGGGACCCUCUUCAGGUGGUAUAAUUGCAGAAACAUCAGGAUAACACAUUCUACAAAUCAGUUGGAUGCCAACUUGAAUUUGUAACAUGAGUCAGUGGGACUAGUGUGCUUCUAGAAGAGUGUCUUAGAGGGUAUGAUCAUUUCCAGUUUGUUAAUCUGAUUCACCAAAUGUUCUUUUUUUUUCUUUUUUUUUUUUUUUUUUUUUUUUUUGAGAUGGAGUCUCGCUC